AUGAAUGUCAUUGUUGUCACAGCAAUUAUAAACAUGUACUGCAAGUGUGGAAGCAUGGAAAAAGCUAUUCGUGUGUUUGAGGCAACCCCCAGAAAAGGGUUGUCCUGUUGGAACUCCACCAUCAUGGGGCUAGCCAUUAAUGGUUGUGAGGAAGAAGCAAUUGAGCUAUUCUCAAGGCUUAAAUCUUCGAAUUUUAUACCGAAUCGUGUCAGUUUUCUUGGUGUCCUAACCGCGUGCAACCACUCGGGAAUGGUGGAUAAAGCAAGGGAUUAUUUCUCAAUAAUGAGAGGGACAUAUAAGAUUGAACCUUCAAUAAAACACUAUAGUUGCAUGGUUGAUGUGUUAGGCCGAGCUGGACUUCUUGAAGAAGCAGAGGAGCUUAUGAGAAGUAUGCCAAUGAAAGCAGAUGCCAUUAUUUGGGGGUCUUUGGUCUCAUCUUGUAGGAAGCAUAGAAACAUUGAAAUGGCUAAAAGGGCAGCAAAUCGUGUGAUUGAAUUGGAUCCAAGUGACAGCUGCGGUUAUGUGCUUAUGUCAAAUGUUUAUGCUGCCUCUAGUCAAUUUCAGGAAGCAAUGCAGGAAAGGCUUUCCAUGAAGCAGCAGAAGAUAGAGAAAGAACCGGGAUGUAGUUUGAUCGAAGUGGAUGGGGAGGUUCAUGAGUUUAUAGCUGGUGGAAGGCUCCAUCACAAAGCUCCAGAGAUUUAUUCUUUGUUGGAUGAGUUGGGAUUUAUGUUACCAGAAAUGGCAUAG